AUGUUAAAACAGAUUUAUUGUUUCCUCCUCUAUGCUAUUUUUUUUUACCUUACAAUUUUUGAAACAUUUUUAUAUUUAUUAACAGCUUUCUUCCUUCCUCUCCUUUUCAUUUUUGCUCUGGUUGCAGGUAAACAUGCAGAAAAUGUGUUUGGGGAGCUUUUUAAUGAAGCCAACACCUUUUAUGUGCGUGCAAACUCUCUCCAGGACCGUAUCGACCGCUUGGCCGUCAAGGUCACCCAGCUGGACUCCAGCGUGGAGGAGGUCUCUCUUCGGGACAUAAACAUGAGGAAGGCGUUCAAAAGCUCUACUGUCCAGGAUCAGCAGGCUUUGUCCAAGGGCAGCACGCCGAAUUCUGUGGCUGACAUGUACAACAGCAGUGACAGGCCUCCUCCCCUCAGCACCCUCACUGCCUACAGAGACGAUUCCACUGACGCGAUGAAAUUCUACUCAGACCCAUCGUACUUUUUUGACUUGUGGAAGGAGAAAAUGCUUCAGGACACGGAGGACAAGAGGAAAGAAAGGAGGAGGCAAAGGGAGCAGAAGCGAUGUGUGGAGAGCAGCACCCUUCAGCGUGAGGUAAAGAAGGUGAGAAAGGCUCGAAACCGCAGGCAAGAGUGGAACAUGAUGGCAUUUGAUAAAGAGCUUCGUCCAGACCACCGCCAUCCGCAGACUCUCAGGCGAGGGGCAUCAUCCGAGGGCUCCCUCUCCCCAGAUGGCAGGCCUGACCUCCCAGACUACCCCAUCCCUCCACUGCCUGCUCACGCUGCUUGUAACUAUGCCAAGUCUCAUGAUUACGUCCCUGGGAACGCACACCCCUCACCACCUGUGGAGCAUGAAUACCACAGCAUUGAUGUAAACUACAAGAGAGUAACCUAUGCCACAGCAGAGUCUCACACUGCAGACCGAAUGAACUGUUCAAUACGUCCACCUGCAGAUUACAACUCUGUCCCUGUACCUCCUGCCCCCGGCCCCCCCAUCCCGUCAGCACAAACAGCAUUUGGUUUUCCUCUGGGUGCACUACCACCAACACUACAUAAUGGAGUUUUGCACGUAGGACCAGGCUACCCACUCCCACCUGUGCCUCCUCCAGGACCUCGCAUUAUGCCUCCUCCCCCAGGUCCGCCACCUCCACCUCUCCCUCCCCCGCCUGCACCCUCACACCUACCAGGACACAGUGAAGACAGCAGAGCUGAGACUAAACCUGUGAGAGAUGCGAGGAGUGACCUGCUGUCUGCCAUCCGCAUGGGCAUCCAGCUAAAGAAAGUCCAAGAGCAGCAGGAGCAGCAGAACAAACGGGAGCCGGUGGGGAACGACGUGGCCACCAUCUUGUCCAGACGCAUUGCUGUGGAGUACAGCGACUCUGAUGACGACUCUGAGCUGGACGGAAACGAGUGGUCAGACUGACCAAAAACAACAUGUAGCAAAUGGUGAAUGUUUUGAUUUAUUAGAGCUUCAGUGCAAAUUAAGCAAAUUUGUGAAUCACUCUUUGGCUCCAUCUUGUGGGCUCUACCAAGCCACUGCUGCCAGUACUAUUAAUUUCCUCUUGUACUAUUAAAACUGUGCUGCCACAUUAAUUUUUCAUCAGGUAAAUGUAUACAUGUGCAUCUUGUACAGCUUUCAAAACCGGAUUAAUUGUAUUAUAAAUAAAUGUUUAGUUUUCUACCACUGAUGAAAUGUGAGCUAUCAUUAAAGUUAUUAGUAACUCCUGUGCUUUUCCUAAUAACCCAAAAUGUCUUCAGAAAAAGGCAUAUUAUUCAUGAAUGAUAUAAAAUAAAAUUUGGUAUUUAUAUUGAUCAUUUUAUGGAAUUACAUAUUCCUGAUAAUAUUUUGAACUAUAUGUACCCCUCCCUAUAUUAUGUGAGUGUUUCAUGAAUAAUUCUAUUAGAUAGCUAUAUUGUCAUUUCUACCUCAAGUUGUGACAUUUCACUGUCCCACAGUAUGUGUAUUCGGGAAUAAUUUUGUUCUGCCAUUAAAUUAUUUUUUGUCAUGUCUCUGAAAGUUUUGACAUAUAAUUAAAUUUCUUUAAUAUUAGCCAGAUAAUUGUGUUAUUAGUGUCUCCUCCUUUACCAACUUUUAUCUUUUUGUUCAUUCUCCUUAUCUUCAUUUUUAACAUAAACUCUCUUAGACACUGGACACCAAAAUCUUCUAUAG